AUGCCCCCGAAAAAGGGAGCCAACGAUCAACCCUCCACCAAGGGUGGAGCUGGGAAGGGGAAGGAUCGCACCGAGGCCCAGGUCACGCGUGUCGAUUUUGGCCUGCCGUCCUCCAUGGUCCAGACGUUGCAAUCAAUUUCGUCGAGGGCAACACAGGACCUUUGGGGACAAGGAUCCUUUACGACAGAUGGUGCAACAGUGGAACAGUUGGCACGGCGAACAGCCAACACCCUGGGCCGCCUUUCCAAAAGACUCAAUGGCAACAUGCGCGCCAAGAAGGACCUACAAGAUGCGCUGACAGCCUGGGUCUCUAUGCUCAGCCAACAUUUGUUGGGCCUGACGCAUCGAGUGGAUGCCCUGUCUCGCAAGGUGGACGAGGACACAAUUGCUGCAGCCGAGGAGCUCCGUCAUGUCUCGGCAGCGCAACCGUCUGCAACCACCAACGAGCAGCUGGCGAGAGCAGAACAGUCCUUGGGUCCUGUCUGGACGGAUCCGCAGGUGCAGGAGGUACAUCGGCUCGCUGCUGCCCUCAAGGCGUUUGCUACUACGAACCCUUCAUCGCUGGACAUGCAUCCUGGCCCUGGGGGCUCUGUGGCUCUUGUGCCACGUGGCACCCUUGGGGCCCCCCUGCAGCCGGCCACUGCUAUGUCUGCAACUCUGAUGCCACCGGUCCCGCUUGGCCCACCUGCAGCACAUCCUGGUGGCUUUGGGAGCGGUGGAUCGGAGGCCAGCUUCGGGACCCCAGAACGCUCGACAGGCGUCGGAGAGUCGGAGGCGCGCAGUGGCAGAUGGCGCAAACGCAGUGGUGGCGGCGGCCUCCAUGGCCGCGGGAAUCUACAGGCCGUACACCGGAGGCACCUCCGCGAGCUCCGGUCACUGUGGUGGCAGACGAAGCUCCUCCCUGGGGCGUUGGCUGCAUCUGCUGGUCCAUGGGUGGAGGCUUGGAUGGCCAUGCUCCGUUUCUGUGUCGACAGUGGCUCCGACAUGGUGGGCGAUGUGGCACAGUGCCCUCAGCAAGACGCCUGCCUGCCGCUCACUUUGGAUGCACAAGCACAGGACGCGACUCUGCAGACUGCGGAGUCCACGUGGAUGGCCCUGGUGAAUGCAGUCAGCGACCCCACCCAGGCGGACCUUCAGGAGCUACAUCGACUCCUGCAAACGGCCUUGCACUGCUUGCGGAAGUGCACGGACGUCUUGCCGCGGGUCCGGCAAGGACUUCUGGUUGCCAGCUUGCUGACCACAGGAGGCCUGCUGGAUCCCUUCUCAUUUGCACCCUCAACGGCCCAGGAAUGGCUGUUCCCCAGCCUCUUGCUGGAGGCCGAGGUGCAAUUGCGCGGCUUCGUCGCCCGGGAUGCCUCACAGGACCCACGUGUUCAAGUCCUACUGCGCCUGCCUUCCCCGUUCCUUGGUGCAGCGCUGGCCGAGGAACUGGACAAAGAACUCGAGUGCGGCGUUAAAUCGCCUCUUUCUUUGACCACUCUCAGCCUUUUCCUAGGGCGGUGCCUCAUCUUGUGCAUAGCUCUGUACAGAGUAGCCGUCGUCAGUGAGCGUUUCCUGGCCACAUACGGACCUCAGCUCUCGUGGCGCCGCUCGUGGCAGCUUAGCUGUACCCUGUCAGCGACAGCUUGGUGGGUGGCAGCUCUCUUUGGGCCGCCUACCUCCAUGUUUGCCUGCGCUUGCAUCAGUGAACUUUUGGCCUUCCUCCCUGGUCUUGCCCUGGACUUGGGCUCUACGCGCCUUGGCCAUCUUUGCACUUGUGCUUGUCCUGGCGGCUUCGCUUCCCGGUGCCGUUCCCUCCUCCACCGGCCCUGCAUGUGGCGGAAACCCCUUUGGUUGUCCUUCGUGACCCGCUGGGUUACCCUUUGUCUUUCUGGGGUCGAGGAUACUUGGUCGUGCACCCGGAAUGGGACUCCGUGCCGUCGUGUUGGCAGCAGUCGUUGCAAAAGCCGAUCGGGUGCUCGUGUAUCUGGCUGCCGUCGUCUGGGAACGGCCCUUUUCCUCGGCUACCUCUCGGUUGUGGAUGGCUCGACUUUGCACCUUGGUGUUCUCCUCGCAGCCUCCUGCUCGCGGUUUCCGGAGGCGGUGCAACUGCAUGCACAUGGGUUUCAUGAAGGACGUCCCGUUCUCAGCACAGGUCCUGUCUUGCCCACUCCCUCUGUGGAUGCUAUGUGUGAGGUUUAUCCAGUCGGCCGGACUGGUAAUCUUCUUCUUCCCCGCACGGACCGCAACCGCCGACACUUGGCUGUCUUCGUCGGCACUCCUCCGGGAGCGCCUGUUCUCGAGCCUUGCCCCGUCCCGUUCCUUGUGGAUGAAUGGCUCCAUGGUCCUCUCCUGCACGCUCGGUUGUCCGCCUCCCUUGGUUUCAUGGCGAACACCUUCUCGGUUUGCCCAAUUCGUGGGGUACUGCCCGGGCUCCCAGGUGAGCAGCUCCUGUUGUCCCCUGUUACCUGCACCUGGCGCCAGGUGUGGCUCCCGGUCGACCUCAGGCAGCUUGGAGGCCGUGUUUGCAUGCUGCUCUGCUCUCGCGACUCCACUUGCAGGUCUAUUGCUCAGCUUGCCAUGACAGCCCAGGAGGUUCGUGCUGACCUGGAUCGCCUUCUUGCGCGAUGUCAAUGGGGGUGGCUCACGCUAACUUCCCAGCCUCUUUUUCUGCAAGAUGUUGACACUUUGCAGUUUCAGAUUGGGCCAGCGCCGGAGUCCCUGCAAGGCCCUGUUGGAGCCUCCCUUGACCCUCCCAUUUCUCUUUUCUCGGCUAUGCAGGUCAGCCUCCCCACCUAUCCUACAGGCCCCGAGGUUUUCCACGGCCGCUCUCACAACCAGGCAGUGCUAAUAACCCCCAAUGGCCUUGUAUAUGUUGAAGCUCCGGUCUUCGCCGACGCGGCCACUUUUCGUCGCAUCGUCGCUACGCAGGCCUCUCCCCAUGCCACUGGGGGGACCAUGCGCAUCUGGCAGCCGCUGCCUUCCCUCCCUUUAGUCCAGUUUCUGGAAGUCCACUGCAUAGGGGAUGAGGUACCGUGCAUCCUGGACUUUCGUCCAGUUGGCUGGCGUCUUACCACUGUGUGUGUGGUACCGCCGGUCACUGCCGUCGCCGCCAUCGGUGCUGCCUCCAGGAGAGAGCGCAAUUGCAUUCCGUUGGAAUGGGUUGAGCAAUGCUCUAGAGGGGGUUUCGGGUUGCUACAUCGGGAGCUAGUGGUUUUGCCUGAUCAGGUCCUCACCGGCAACUUCCCUCUAGUCUUAAUGUUCUUCCCACAUGUCUUCCGACAGGACUCCUCGUCCUCCUCUGAGGAACAGGUAGGGGGCUGGGACGAACCUGAUGCCUCUGGUGCUACCGAUACUGUCAUUUCGAUGCAGCACACUUUGCUGCCGUCACCAGCUAGAUCUCAAACAGCCACAGCCAUGCCGGCUUGUACCGGGAUCUCCCCGGCUGCCUUUCUUGACCCGCCUGCAGCCCUCCUAGAAACACCUGCGCCUCAGGCUGAUGCGACGCCUGGGUCUGCCUUUGAUGACGACCCGGCGCCUUCCCACGCGCGACCUCGGCGCCUCUGCUUCUCCAGCCUCCUUCUUGUCUUGGCUCAUGGCGGAGCUCUUAGCAUGCCGUGCUGCGCCCGCAGCUACAUCCUCAUAGCACUGCUUGGUUUUGUGCCCUCCUGCACCGUUCACCUGCACAGCGAACCAGCUUCUCCGCGUGAGGUUGUCGUCUCUGCUGCCAGAGCUACGGAUAGAAGGGUUGCAGCGCCAGCCAGUAUUCACGCUUCUCUCCAAGCUGUUUGGCUUCAGGAAGGGGACUUCGGCGAAGGUCCCUUGUGGAAGUCACUUCCGGUGCAAGAGAGGGGCUAUCUGAUUACCUGUCGGCUGUGGUCGCCGGGCACGUCUGUCAGGCUUGAAUUCUCCGGGUUGGGCUCCGCCCGUGAGGCUGCUGCCGAGAUUUACCGCCAGGCCAUUCGUUUGGGGCGCCCCCAGGUUGUUGCUGCGUCUGCAGGCCCCACCAGUGACGCUAUUAAUUUAGUCACUCUCCCUCAGCACCCACGGAUGCUGACAGUGUUAUUUGAUGCUGGCUCUCAGGUUGUCUGUGCGGAGUUACCGUCUGAUUACACUGCCGCUCAGGUUUUGCGCAUUGCGCAACAGGCUGCCGAGGCGGAAGAGGUGCAGAUCUUGAAGGGCUUUGCUCAUCGCCUCCGACACGGCGAUGUUGUCCGGAUCGCGGCUGGUGCCACAGCUCGCACACUGGAUGUGUCAGCCUUUGUUCUCCCUUCCGACUCUGAGACGGCAUCCCGCUGGUUACAGACUUCUCGGCUGGUCUCCAUCCUUCACCCUAGCGACGGAGUACUCACCUUUGAGGUCCCGCGCUCGGCCGAUCUGACCACCCCGUUACUUCGGGCCCUGCUUGGCACCAGUAUCCCUGGGAAGCAUGUUUUCCUUGAAGUGCCAGGGGCCGACGCCCUGCCCCACUCCACCUUUGCUGCGGUGCGCCCGGGUCAGGACUGUAUCAUUUACAGGCUCACCGAUGUCCACGACCCCUCCGCGGUGGGGCUUUUCAUGGCCUUCGCGGGUGUGUUUUCGUCCUUCCCAGUGACCUUGCCGGAUGGCUGCCUACAGCUGCGCAGGGACUUCGCCAGGCCUUGCACGAUGUCGUGGACGCAUGAGCUGAGCCGACAGACCUAUGGCUUCGCGGUAGCCUCCCCACAUCUUGGGGCCUACAUCGCUCGCACUUGCCCUUCCUCCGAGGUCCAAAUGCACCUCUGGCUUCCCGGACAAGGCCCUAUUCAUCUGCGUGUGGCGGUGCAGCACCUAGGUGCCCACUUAGGAGCCUACUUAGGGGGUUUCUUGCCGGCCUGCGAAUACGGUCUCCACGUCGCCUUCGACUCUAACCCUCAGGUUCUUGAUCUUAUCAUCGCCCCUCCUGGUGCAGCCGCGUGGUGGAUUGUGAAAGAUACGAUUGGGUGCGAACUGUUGCGACCCGUGGUACAACACUACGUCUCGCAUUGCUCCUUUUUCUUCUGUGCCAUCGAGCCUGACGGUGCCGUCUACAGCGUGGAGCCAUCAGCAGAAGUGAGGUUCAUGACCCCAAGCCCGCAUGGAGCCCGAGCCCUUGUUGCUAAGGUCCUUCCUGGUCUCGUGGGUAGGGUGGUUGACGGGGUCCUUCAGGUUGUAGCCGCCAAGGCGGGCUCAAUGUCGCUUGCGGGAGGCUUGGCUCUUCUCUUGCUCAGUGGCCAAGCCGCCUCGAUGCAAACCGUUCCGGAGCUGCCCCUGGUACCAGCCGUUGCGCCGCCCGCUCUGCCUGCGAUCACGCGCAUCUGGACCCUCAAUGUCCGCCAGCCUGUGGAUCUACCAUGGCGGGCCGAAGGUUACCCCACCAGGUGGUUGCGUGAUCUCAUGCGCCGUUUGCACAGCAUCGAUGAUCCCGGCGAGUUUCGGUCCACGUGUGGCCCCCGGGACAGCGGCGUCCAGCAUGUUCUGUUUGUACCAUUAGUGCCCCCCACUGUGCCGCGCAAUCGCUUUUGGCUCUUGCACUGGGGUGAGGCGGCCGUCGUUGCCUUUGGUCACACCCCCUUCAGUUGGGAUGUCGUCUCGGCACAUUUGCGCACGCUCUUUCCGGGGGGCCAAGUCCCCGACCGUUGCCCAGCCAUCGCCUACGCCGGUGCCUUUUAUCCCCCGGGUGCUGCUUUGCCAGACCUCCCGUCUGGGGCAAUUAUCCAGCUUCUAACCGGAGCUCUGGCUCGUGUCCCCAGUGAAGACGACCCUUGGCAUCCUGAACCUUAUGUUGUGGACGGCCCGUGGUUCCAACAUGUCCCCAGCAAGGGACCUGCACUCGAGCCCGCAAUUCUCAUUGAUGCUGGGGGCAGCAGGCGGCCCGACGGCUACGUGCCAACUACAUUGGUUGACCAGGGCACUCAAACCAAUCUCGGGCAACGGUACCGGUCUCGAUCAUGCCACAGUUUCUAG